AUGCUCAGGCUCCAAAGCCAGCAAGCACUCAAGCCCCUUCGUGACCCUCUUCGCGGCCCUCUUCGCAAUGCUCUUCACAUACGCCAUGUUCAUGUUGAGCAGGCCCCAUUCUCUGGACCUCCAAGCUAUGCAACUAUUGCUCGGCGCUCCUCUUCGCAUCCAAAGGCGAAGGAGGCUAGAGAGCGUAGUGAGCUCAUAGACAUUCACGAGACUGGAGGCGCGAGUCCGAACGACUCUAAUAUCUUAAUCACUGAUAUAGACGAUAGAACACUACGAUCCGAAGUUGCGGAACUCAUAGGGAUACCAUACCUUAAGAAAACGACUAAAGUUGAAGCCACCAACAAGGUCGACGUUAUUCAUGGUUUUAUCUAUAGCAAUAAACUCCGUACACCAGUAUUUCCCAUGUAUUUUCAGGCCGCCCAAGUUCUAGGUACCAAAAGGGGCCCUGUGCCUGUUACCAUCGCUGGAUACACCCACCUAGUUCAUGUGAAUGACGACACCGAGUGGUUUCAGUAUAACGAUGCCGAAUUCGCGCACUUGCAAAAGCUCAAGGCUGGUACCAAGGCAUAUUAUGAAGAAAUCAGGAGACUGGCCCGAGAAGGUCAAUUUGUUUUUUUGCAGCGACUACGCUUCGUCACAGCUCAUCGGCAAAACUUGGAAGUCAACGAAAAGGCCAUGAAGAAAGCGCAUCUGAAACGACUACGGAUGGACUUGGAGAAGUGGAGGGCCGCUGGCAGUCCGCCGGACGCGAUGCCACCCCAGCUUAGACUCAAGGAGCUCCUUAACCAUUGCAAGAACCAGCGGAUCCUCACUAACAUAUCUGGACUGUAUAAGCUGCAACAGACCGGCAAGCUCGAUCUUGGAGGAGAUCCAGGACAAAGGAUGAAGGGUGACCAAGCAGGGGCCAAGAUUCCGCCAUUGCCAGUCAAGAAGGUCAUCCGACGGCCGCCGAAACGCCGCAAGGUAGGUGUAUACAUGAAUGAUACCGUGGUGGUGGACCCUAAGCAAGGCGCCAAUGUGCUGAUCUGGCAUCGACUGUUGCCUAUCGGGAAAUCUUACCUAUUCACUCCGUUACCCAUUCAAGACCUGUCUACCGGACGGCUUGCAUCCGCCCCUAAGGCAAUUAUGAACGACGAUCCACAAGCCAUACCUUUUGCGAAUUUCGGGGAUCAAGCCCAAAUGCUUUUGGAAAUGCAACCAACAGCAAUGGAGGAGAUACAUGGAGUUGGUGGCCUUCCCCAAGUGCUGGCUGUCUUGGUUCUGGCUGGUAUCUUAGCUGUAUCUGAAGCGAGGUCGAGAAAUAGCGACAGUUGCGCAAGGCAUUCAAUAGGAGGGGGAGCAUCUCUGAUCCGUCAUUUCAUGAAUAAGCCAGACCUCGAAACCCAAAAAGAAAGUCCGGCGGACAAGCGAAUAUACAUAGUGCAAGGGACGAUGAAAACGUUGUCAACGGGCUACAGCUUACAUCGUGCGAACACAGGAGUGAUUAUAGAACCCACGAUCAACCCGAUGUACGAAGAGCAAGGAGCAAAACGAGCUGACAGUGCUCAACUCACAAUGUUAUAUCUUGGUAUAGACGAGAAUCCGACAAGGGCCAGCGGUAUCAACAACGACAAAUAA